GACCUCCGUUCCCGUGCACUCGUGGGAACCAAAUGAACAGUCUAGAAGUAAAUGAGUCUGAUGCUGCUCCAGAAGCAUCACCCAACCAGAAUCCUUCGGUGGAUUCGGGUCCUGGCUUUGUCAGGCUGACAACCAAGCAAAAGAAGCUGCUGCGAAAGGCCCUUCAAGGUGGGCUGACCAGAGAAAAGGCUCUGGAGGUGGUGCAAGCUCUUCCCAUAGUUAAGGGGCUACUACCCGCUCCUUACGGAAUCCAAGCCACCAAUCCCUACCCCUACUCGGUUUUUGUUCAGUGCGUGCGAAUCGGUUUGGCUGCGGAGUCUGCUGGGACUUCUCUGACCAGCGAGCAAAUGGCCAGGAUCAAGGAGGCCAUCAUAGAUGUCACCGUGGAGCAGUCUGGCAGCCAGAAGCCGCAGUUCGAAGGAUGUGUGGCGCGCAGAGGAUGGCUCCUUGUGACUUGCUCCAACUCCUCCACCUCAGAAUGGUUCAAGCGAAACUUUUGCCAUAUUCAGGCGAAAGUAGCCACCAAACUGAAGUUAAUGGAUGAGUCUGAACUGCCCAGAAAGAACGUGGUCCUCGGCUAUUUUCCAGAUAGUCUAUCCACAAGCAGCCAGAAGGUCCUGGAAAUCAUUCAGGCCCAGAACCCAGUCUCAACGGCGGAAUGGCGGGUUAUGCAGAGGUUGACCCACGGUGAGCUUCUGCAUCUCGCCAUGGCCGUUGACAAUGAAUCCCACAAGAAACUGGUCGCACUAAACGGAACUAUAUCCUAUCGAUUCGGCCGUGUAAAACUAUGCAUGAAAAACCCUCUCGAUAGGAAAUCAGUACCAAAUGGUAGAAGAGAAACAUCGUGUGCAGCGCCAGAUGGAAAAUCCCUGGAGAAAGCUGUUGAAACUCGGGAAGUGGUGCCUGUACGUCAUGAUAAUCCAUGGAAGCAAUGUAAUAAUCCUGGGCUAAGCCAUAAUAAUCCCAGGAUGCAAUGGAAUCAACAGCAUAUGCUCAGGUAUGAUCCUUACAAUCCCAGGGAACUUCCGUCGUACCUUGUGCGCGCCAGCUAUUCAGGACCAGGCUAUUGGAGUGAAGGAAACAGGGGACUUGGACCUCGAUCUUGGCCAGGAAACUACUGAAGCAGAGGGUUCCAACUGCACAGGAAGAUCUUUAAUCGGGGAAACAUCCAUCUUAAGGAAGUACAGCGACUUGUUCUCCAUUUUUAGCAACGUAACUUGAGGUAUUUAGAGUUUUUGACAAGUAGACAUUUAUACAGGACUCCUCCAACUUCAAAGAGGACUCUUUUUAACCCAUAACACCAGUUCAGAUUGACUUUGCUUACAGCAUUCGAAACAAUAUGAUACAGUAACACUGGUUACACUCAUUUACCAAGGAUCUAUUCACUGAAAACACUAUAAUACCGUAACACUGGUUACACUUAGAGGAUCUCGAUGACUUAUAAUACCUUGUAGUACAAAAAUCAUCAAGGGGAACUCAAAGCGCAUAUCUUCUGAACUUCUGACUGCCCUUCUUGAUAACAAAUGCUACAAUUAAGUUUUACAACUUUCUUUGGCAAAACAUGUGGUUUUGAUUCAAAGCUCAUACGAUACAAAAUCACCAUUUUGUAUUGGGGUUUCUGUAGAAGGAGCAACCUUUUUGCAAUCAUAUCGCUCUUCAGAGUUCCGCAUAUCAUUAUGUUUUUCAAAAAUGUGUUUUUAUCGGUAGAAGGUGACCUUAUCUGGGGUGUUGAAGUAUUAGCUUUUCCGCGCACGCUCCUUUCGCUAAUUAAAUCUAAUGCAACCUGUAAUAAAUUCGCUUGUCGCGCUUUUCCGGUGGUGCGAAUCAACCCUUUUUCGCGCGCUUUGCAUAUGCAAAUUUUGGCGGCAAAUUGCCCUGGCGCCAAUGAGCCUUAUCAUCUAUGGCAUCCUGAAUCCUGAGUGCCGUACCUGCCGGAGUCACCCUCGUAGGUCCUCGGAUUCCCUCGCGAUUUGGCGUACAAAGCACAAAGCAAUUUUGAGACAGCCACGCGAUUCCAUUUUCGGCAAAAUAUUCGGCAUAAUAGUAAAGUUUUAUGCGAAUUCCGCUGGCAGAACAUCCGUUUCCGGCUGAAAAAAAGGGGUCCACCCCUCACUUCAGAUUGACAAUCAGCAUGCGGUCUCAUAUCCGCUGGAAAGCAAACAAAACCGGGCAAAACUUUCACUUAGGCGAAUAUUGCGAAACUAUUGGGCUGCACAACCCGUUGACACAAAUCGCACUAAAUCAAAAAUUAUGCUUUGCACAAAUAAAGCGAAAGGACGAGGACGAGGAGGAGGAGGAGGUCGCCACGCAGGAAGUCGCUACACCCUGUGGCCAUAAAUCUCAUCUAGUCAAAUAUUGAAUUACGCCGGUUGAGGCAAGGGAUGCGAAGGAUGCCGGGAAAGGGUUCGCCGGCGACUCGCAGAUCCAAUUUAGUGGGUCAGAAGGAUGUGGCACAUCCCCUCGAAUAUUCGCUAUAUGCUCACUAUAUGUGUGACAUUUUCCGGCACAUCGCUUUGUCCUGUUUAUUUAAUAAAAAUUGAAGUUAUGAGUGCUCCAGGGGUCGUUUAUGCGUCGAUAAUGAAUAGUUAUGGCUGUUUCGAGGGCUCUCUUUCAUAAUGCUUUGUUUGGGUCGCUUAUAAUGCAAUUUAUGCAUGUUUGUGUAGUUAUUGGGUGCUUGGGGUGCCAAUGGGUUAAGGGAUUUUCGUUCUUUAUCUGCCGUUUUAUUGAUAAAAACUAAUAAAAACACGCCCGUUGCCAAAAAACAACACAGACAUAGGUGAGUGCAACAUACAUUUUCAAAACUACAUGUUUCAUAAAUUUCAGGUGGUUUCAAAAUAACAAAAUAUCUGAACAACACCUACAAAAUACUGCAAUACUGCGAUACAUUUUCAGUUUGCCUGCUUACCAAAAAAAAACUU